AUGUACACUUUAAACCCAACAGCCGGUGCUGAUGGUGACCAGAAACCCUGUGACCAUGGGGGCCAUAAGACAACAAAAACAGAAACGACUCACAUCGAGAAAUCCAGUAGCGGGAGCAAAUCUCAUAGUAGAAUAGAAUCUACAUCUCAUAACCGAUAUGAGAAAUCUCCAGAUCAUGUCAAAGCUGAUUCUGACUCUAAAACUCGUUAUGAGAAUCAUAAUAGCGGAUAUAAUGAACAUAUAAAGGCUAAUGCUACUAGAACUGACACUGAAAGUGGUGGUAAAGAUCAUAUAAAGAAACAUUCUUCUAGUGCCGUUCAAGUAGAGAAGACUAGUGGUGCUUAUAAUCAACAAACUAAAGCCAAUUCUUCUGCUAACAGCCAUUAUGAGCAGAAGAAAGAUUAUGAACAUGCAGAUUAUUCGUACGACACUAAUAUUGAACAGAAGAAUACUGAAACGAAGAAUCAGACUAAGAUAGAUUCUUCUGCAAAUAACACUUAUGAAAAAAAGAAGGACUAUGAACAUGCCGAUUCCUCUUGCAAUACUAAUAUUGAACAGAAGAACAGUGAGAAGAAGGAUGAGACUAAAAUAAACGACUCUUAUAACAGCCAUUAUGAAAAGGACAAAGAUAGAGUAAAUGCGGACUCAUGUUCUAAUACCAAUAUUGAGCAAAAGAACACUGAAAAGGAAAAUGAAAGUAAAGUACAAGAGUCUUCGAAAACCCAUCAUGAGAAGUGUAAAAAUUAUGAACACGCGGAUGAAUCUUCCAAUACCAACAUACAUAAAAAGAACAACAAAAAGAAAGACAAAAUAAAAAUCGACAAUUCGUACAACAGCCAUUAUGAAAAGGACAAAGAUUGCGAGCAUGCAGAUUCUAAUUACAACACAAAUAUCCAACAAAAGAACAGUGGGAAGCAAGAAGAAACUAAUAUAGACAAUUCUACCAACAAUCAUUAUGAGAAAAAGAAAGGCCACAAACACAGAACAUCUUCUUCUAAAACAGAUAUAGAGCAAAAUAACAGAGAAUGGAAAGACAAGACGAACAUAGAUUCUUCUGGAAAUAAUCGCUAUGAGAAGAACAAAGAUUAUGAACAUGGAGAGUCAUCUUCUAACACGAACAUUGACCAAGAACACAGCGAAAAAGAGGAUCACACUAAGAUAAGUAAUUCAUAUGGAAAUACUGACAAGAAGCAUAAACGUGAAUGUCGUCACCACAAGUCACAGAAUGAUGAUAACAAACAAGAUAAUAGCAAUAGCGAUGCUAACAAAGGAGACUCAACUAGCAAAGAUGAUUCUAAUAGUUCGUACGACAACAGUAGCAGUGGCGGGUCCUACAGCUCAAAUGAAAGUGGUAGCAGUGAUGAGCCUGAUGACUCCCAUGAACAUAGCAAGAGCGAGAGCGAAGAAAGGAAUAAACAAAAACACCAUAAGAGGCACAAACAUCAUAAAACAGAUAAUGAACAUCCAAAUGAUGACAAGAAUGACAGUGAUGAAAAGAAUGAUGACUCUCAUAACCAUAAUAGUGACAGCGAUGAGAAAAAAAAUAAAUCCCCUGAACGCGAAAAGGACUCAAAUGAGGGGGAUAACACUGGUAAUAGUAAUGAGUCCACCAGCAACGAUGAUUCUAACAGUUCAGAUGAAAGUGGUAGCAGCGAUGAGCCUGAUGACUCCCAUGAACAUAAUAAUAACGGCAGUAAUGACAAGAAUAAAAAGAAGCACACACAUAAGAGGUGCAAACACGACAUAAAAGAUAAUAAACAUCCAAGUGACAGUCAUACAAAGGAUGAUGACUCACAUGAGCCCAAGAGCGACAGUGAUGAAAGAGAUAAUGACUCCCAUGGACCCAAGAGUGACAGUCAUGAAAGGGAUAAUAAUUCUCAUGGAUCCAAGAGCGACAGUGACGAAAAGGAUGAUGACUCCCAUGGACCCAAGAGCGAAAGCCACGAGGAUAAAGAUGACAAAAACAAGAACAAAAAGAAGCAUCACAAACGGUGCAAACACCACAACAGAGAUAAUGAACCCAAGAGCGAAAGUGACGAAAGGGAUUAUAAUUCUCAUGGAUCCAAGAGCGGCAGUGAUGAAAGGGAUAAUAAUUCUCAUGGAUCCAAGAGCGGCAGUGAUGAAAAGGAUGAUGACUCCCAUGGAUCCAAGAGCGGCAGUGACGAAAAGGAUGAUGACUCCCAUAAACCCAAGAGUGACAGUCAUGAAAGGGAUAAUAAUUCUCAUGGAUCCAAGAGCGGCAGUGAUGAAAAGGACGAUGACUCCCACGGACCCAAGAGUGACGGUCAUGAAAGGGAUAAUAAUUCUCAUGGAUCCAAGAGCGGCAGUGAUGAAAAGGAUGAUGACUCCCAUGGAUCCAAGAGCGGCAGUGACGAAAAGGAUGAUGACUCCCAUAAACCCAAGAGUGACAGUCAUGAAAGGGAUAAUAAUUCUCAUGGAUCCAAGAGCGGCAGUGAUGAAAAGGACGAUGACUCCCAUGGACCCAAGAGCGGCAGUGAUGAAAGGGAUAAUAAUUCUCAUGGAUCGAAGAGCGGCAGUGAUGAAAAGGACGAUGACUCCCAUGGAUCCAAGAGCGGCAGUGACGAAACUGAUGAUGGCUCCCAUGGACCCAGGAACGAAAGCCACGAGGUCAAAGAUGACAAAAAGAAGCAUCACAAACGGUGCAAACACCACAACAGAGAUAAUGAACCCAGGAGCGACAGUCAUGGAAAAGAUAAUGACUCCCAUGACCAUAACAAAAAUGAAAGCAGUGAUGAGUCUAUUAACAACGGUGACUCUAGCAGCACAGAUGAUUCAAACAGUUCAGAUGACUCCAAUAGUUUAGAUGAAAACAACAGCAGUGAUAAGUCUAAUGACUCUCGUGGACCUAAGAAUGAUAGGGACAAGAAUAAAAAGAAACACCACAAGAAACGCAAACACCACGUAAUAGAUAAUGGACAUCCACGUGACCACAAUAAUGACAGCCAUGAAAAAGAUGAUGACUCCCACGGACCCAAGAGCGACAGUGAUGAAAGGGAUAAUAAUUCUCAUGGAUCCAAGAGCGGCAGUGACGAAAAGGAUGAUGACUCCAAUGGAUCCAAGAGCAACAGUGAUGAAAGGGAUAAUAAUUCUCAUGGAUCCAAGAGCAACAGUGAUGAAAAGGGUGAUGACUCCCAUGGAUCCAAGAGCAACAGUGAUGAAAGGGAUAAUAAUUCUCAUGGAUCCAAGAGCGGCAGUGACGAAAAGGAUGAUGACUCCAAUGGACCCAAGAGUGACAGUUAUGAAAGGGAUAAUAAUUCUCAUGGAUCCAAGAGCGGCAGUGACGAAAGGGAUAAUAAUUCUCAUGGAUCCAAGAGCGGCAGUGACGAAAAGGAUGAUGACUCCAAUGGAUCCAAGAGCAACAGUGAUGAAAGGGAUAAUAAUUCUCAUGGAUCCAAGAGCAACAGUGAUGAAAAGGGUGAUGACUCCCAUGGAUCCAAGAGCAACAGUGAUGAAAGGAAUAAUAAUUCUCAUGGAUCCAAGAGCGGCAGUGACGAAAAGGAUGAUGACUCCAAUGGACCCAAGAGUGACAGUCAUGAAAGGGAUAAUAAUUCUCAUGGAUCCAAGAGCGGCAGUGACGAAAGGGAUAAUAAUUCUCAUGGAUCCAAAAGCGGCAGUGACGAAAAGAAUGAUGACUCCCAUGGACCAAAGAGUGACAGUCAUGAAAGGGAUAAUAAUUCUCAUGGAUCCAAGAGCGGCAGUGACGAAAGGGAUAAUAAUUCUCAUGGAUCCAAAAGCGGCAGUGAUGAAAAGGAUGAUGACCCCCAUGGACCCAAGAGUGACAGUCAUGAAAGGGAUAAUAAUUCUCAUGGAUCCAAGAGCGGCAGUGACGAAAAGGAUGAUGACUCCAAUGGACCCAAGAGUGACAGUCAUGAAAGGGAUAAUAAUUCUCAUGGAUCCAAGAGCGGCAGUGACGAAAGGGAUGAUAAUUCUCAUGGAUCCAAGAGCGGCAGUGACGAAAAGGAUGAUGAUUCCAAUGGAUCCAAGAGCAACAGUGAUGAAAGGGAUAAUAAUUCUCAUGGAUCCAAGAGCAACAGUGAUGAAAAGGGUGAUGACUCCCAUGGAUCCAAGAGCAACAGUGAUGAAAGGGAUAAUAAUUCUCAUGGAUCCAAGAGCGGCAGUGACGAAAAGGAUGAUGACUCCAAUGGACCCAAGAGUGACAGUCAUGAAAGGGAUAAUAAUUCUCAUGGAUCCAAGAGCGGCAGUGACGUAAGGGAUAAUAAUUCUCAUGGAUCCAAAAGCGGCAGUGACGAAAAGAAUGAUGACUCCCAUGGACCAAAGAGUGACAGUCAUGAAAGGGAUAAUAAUUCUCAUGGAUCCAAGAGCGGCAGUGACGAAAGGGAUAAUAAUUCUCAUGGAUCCAAAAGCGGCAGUGAUGAAAAGGAUGAUGACCCCCAUGGACCCAAGAGUGACAGUCAUGAAAGCGGCAGUGACGAAAGGGAUAAUAAUUCUCAUGGAUCCAAAAGCGGCAGUGAUGAAAAGGAUGAUGACCCCCAUGGACCCAAGAGUGACAGUCAUGAAAGGGAUAAUAAUUCUCAUGGAUCCAAGAGCGGCAGUGACGAAAGGGAUAAUAAUUCUCAUGGAUCCAAAAGCGGCAGUGAUGAAAAGGAUGAUGACCCCCAUGGACCCAAGAGUGACAGUCAUGAAAGGGAUAAUAAUUCUCAUGGAUCCAAAAGCGGCAGUGACGAAAAGAAUGAUGACUCCCAUGGACCAAAGAGUGACAGUCAUGAAAGGGAUAAUAAUUCUCAUGGAUCCAAGAGCGGCAGUGACGAAAGGGAUAAUAAUUGUCAUGGAUCCAAAAGCGGCAGUGAUGAAAAGGAUGAUGACUCCCAUGGACCCAAGAGUGACAGUCAUGAAAGGGAUAAUAAUUCUCAUGAAUCCAAGAGCGGCAGUGAUGAAAAGGAUAAUGACUCCCGUGGACCCAAGAGUGACAGUCAUGAAAGGGAUAAUAAUUCUCAUGGAUCCAAGAGCGGCAGUGACGAAAAGAAUGAUGACUCCCAUGGACCAAAGAGUGACAGUCAUGAAAGGGAUAAUAAUUCUCAUGGAUCCAAGAGCGGCAGUGACGAAAGGGAUAAUAAUUCUCAUGGAUCCAAAAGCGGCAGUGAUGAAAAGGAUGAUGACUCCCAUGGACCCAAGAGUGACAGUCAUGAAAGGGAUAAUAAUUCUCAUGAAUCCAAGAGCGGCAGUGAUGAAAAGGAUAAUGACUCCCAUGGACCCAAGAGUGACAGUCAUGAAAGGGAUAAUAAUUCUCAUGGAUCCAAGAGCGGCAGUGACGAAAAGGAUGAUGACUCCCAUGGACCAAAGAGCCAAAGCCACGAGGACAAAGAUGACAAAAACAAGAACAAAAAGAAGCAUCACAAACGGUGCAAACACCACAACAGAGAUAAUGAACCCAAUAGCCAAAGUGAUGAAAAGGAUAAUAAUUCUCAUGGACUCCAGAGUGGCAGUGAUGAAACUGAUGAUGACUCCCACGGACCCAAGAGUGACAGUGAUGAAAAGAGUAAUAACUCCCAUGGACCCAAGAGCGACAGUCAUGAAAGUGAUAAUGAUUCACAUGGACACAAGAGCGACAGUAAUGAAAAGGACAAUGACUCCCAUGAACCCAAGAGCGGUAGUGACGAAAAGGAUGAUGACUCCAAUGGGCCCAAGAGCGACAGCGAUGAAAAAGAUGAUGACUCCCAUGGACUCAAGAGUGACAGUGAUGAAAAGGAUGAUGAAUCUCAUGGACCCAAGGACGACAGCUACGAAGACAAAGAUGAUACACAUAAGAAGAAGCACCACAAAGGGCACAAACACCACAAAAAAGAUAAUGGACCCAAAACCGACAGUCAUGAAAAUGAUGAUGACUCCCAUGGACCCAAAGACAACAGCCAUGAGGACAAUGAUGACACAAAUAAGAACAAGAAGAAGCACCACAAAGGAUGCAAACACCACGUAAAGGACAAUCAUCAUCCACGUGACCACAAGAACGACAGUCACGAAAAGGAUGACUCCUAUGAACCUAAUAGCGACAGCCAAGAGCACAAAGAUGACACUAAUAAGAAGAAGCACCACAAAGAGCGCAAACACCCUACAAAAAAUAAUGGACCCAAGAGCGGCAGUCAUGAAAGACACGUUGGCUCCCAUGACAAUGACAGUGACAGCAAUGAGAAGGGAAAUAAUUCCCCUAGACGCAAAAGGAACUCAAAUAAAAGUGAUAAUACUGAAAAUACUAAUGAGUCCGCUAUCAACGAUGGAUCUAACAGCUCAGAUAAUUCUAACAGCUCAGAUGAAAGUGGUAGCAGCGAUGAGUCUAAUGACUCUCAUAGACCUAAGAAUAAAAGUAAUGAUAAGAAUAAAAAGAAACACCACAAGAAACACAAACACCACGUAACAGAUGAUGAACAUCCAAGCGACCACAAGAAUGAUAGCCAUGAAGAGAAUGACUCUCAAGGACCCAAGAGCAACAGUGAUGAAAAAGAUGAUGAAUCCCAUGGAUCGAGGAGAGACAGCCACGAGGACAAAGAUGACACAAAUAAGAACAAGAAGAAGCACCAUAAACGUUGCAAACACCACGUAAAGGACAAUCAUCGUCCACAUGACCACAAGAAUGACAGUCAUGAAACGGAUGAUGGCUCCCAUAAACCCAAGGACAACAGCAACGAAGACAAAAAUGAUACAGAUAUGAAGAAGCACCACAAAGGGCACAAACACCACAAAAAAGAUAAUGGACGCAAAAGCGACAGUCAUGAAAUGGAUGAUGACGCCCAUGGACCCAAAGACGACAACCAUGAGGACAAUGAUAACACAAAUAAAAACAAGAAGAAGCACCACAAAGGUUGCAAACACCACGUAAAGGACAAUCAUCAUCCACGUGACGACAAGAAUGACAGCCAUGAAAAAGAUGAUGACUCCCAUGGACCCAAGAGCGGCAGUGACGAAAAGGGUGAUGACUCCCAUGGACCUAAGAGCGGCAGUGACAAAAAGGAUGAUGACUCCCAUGGAUCCAAGAGUGACAGUCAUGAAAGGGAUAAUGAUUCCCAUGGAUCGAAGAGUGGCAGUGAUGAAAAGGGUGAUGACUCCCAUGGAUCCAAGAGCGACAGUGACGAAAAGAAUGAAGACUCACAUGGACCCAAGAGUGAUAGCCAUGAAAGGGAUAAUGACUCCCACGGACCCAAGAGCGACAGCCAAGAGGACAAAGAUGACACAAAUAAGAACAAGAAGAAGCACCACAAAGGUUGCAAACACCACGUAAAGGACAAUCAUCAUCCACGUGACGACAAGAAUGACACCCAUGAAAAAGAUGAUGACUCCCAUGGACCCAAGAGCGACAGUGAUGAAAAGGAUGAUAACUCCCAUGGAUCCAAGAGCGGCAGUGACGAAAAGAAUGAAGACUCACAUGGACCCAAGAGUGACAGUCAUGAAAGGGAUAAUGAUUCCCAUGGAUCCAAGAGUGGCAGUGACGAAAAGGGUGAAGACUCCCUUGGACCCAAGAGCGGCAGUGAUGAAAGGGAUAAUGAUUCCCAUGAACCCAAGAGCGGCAGUGACGAAAAGGAUGAUAACUCCCAUGGACCCAAGAGCGACAGUGACGAAAAGGAUGAUGACUCCCACGGACCCAAGAGCGGCAGCCAAGAGGACAAAGCUGACACAAAUAAGAACAAGAAGAAGCACCACAAAGGAUGCAAACACCACGUAAAGGACAAUCAUCAUCCACGUGACCACAAGAUUGACAGUGACGAAAAGGAUGAUGACCCCCAUGGACCCAACAGAGACAGUGACGAAAAGGAUGAAGACUCACAUGGACCCAAGAGUGACAGCCACGAGGACAAAGAUGACACAAAUAAGAACAAGAAGAAGCACCACAAAGGUUGCAAACACCACGUAAAGGACAAUCAUCAUCCACGUGACGACAAGAAUGACACCCAUGAAAAAGAUGAUGAGUCCCACGGACCCAAGAGCGACAGUGAUGAAAAGGGUAAUGACUCCCAUGGAUCCAAGAGUGACAGUGAUGAAAAGGGUGAUGACUCCCUUGGAUCCAAGAGUGGCAGUGACGAAAAGGAUGAUGUCUCCCAUGGAUCCAAGAGCGGCAGUGACGAAAAGGAUGAUGACUCCCUUGGAUCCAAGAGUGGCAGUGAUGAAAAGGGUAAUGACUCCCAUGGAUCCAAGAGCGGCAGCGACGAAAAGGAUGAUGACUCCCUUGGACCCAAGAGCGGCAGUGAUGAAAAGGGUAAUGACUCCCAUGGAUCCAAGAGCGGCAGUGACGAAAAGGAUGAUGACUCCCUUGGACCCAAGAGCGGCAGUGAUGAAAAGGAUGAUGGCUCCCAUGGACCCAAGAGCGACAGUGAUGAAAAGAAUGAAGACUCACAUGGACCCAAGAGUGACAGUCAUGAAAGGGAUAAUGAUUCCCAUGGAUCCAAGAGCGGCAGUGACGAAAAGGAUGAUGACUCCCAUGGGCCCAAGAGCGGCAGUGACGAAAAGAAUGAAGACUCACAUGGACCCAAGAGUGAAAGCCAUGAAAGGGAUAAUGAUUCCCAUGGAUCCAAGAGCGGCAGUGACGAAAAGGAUGAUGACUCCCAUGGGCCCAAGAGCGGCAGUGACGAAAAAAAUGAAGACUCACAUGGACCCAAGAGUGAAAGCCAUGAAAGGGAUAAUGAUUCCCAUGGAUCCAAGAGCGGCAGUGACGAAAAGGAUGAUGACUCCCAUGGGCCCAAGAGUGACAGCCACGAGGACAAAGAUGACACAAAUAAGAACAAGAAGAAGCACCACAAAGGUUGCAAACACCACGUAAAGGACAAUCAUCAUCCACGUGACGACAAGAAUGACACCCAUGAAAAAGAUGAUGACUCCCAUGGACCCAAGAGCGACAGUGAUGAAAAGGAUGAUAACUCCCAUGGAUCCAAGAGCGGCAGUGACGAAAAGAAUGAAGACUCACAUGGACCCAAGAGUGACAGUCAUGAAAGGGAUAAUGAUUCCCAUGGAUCCAAGAGCGGCAGUGACGAAAAGGGUGAAGACUCCCUUGGACCCAAGAGCGGCAGUGAUGAAAAGGAUGAUGGCUCCCAUGACCACAAAAAUGACAGUAAUGAAACUAAAGAUGGCUCCGAUGAAGGUAAAAGUGUUGAAUCUCAACAAAUAAUAACUCAUAAAUGUAAACGUCAUCCUCCACAUAAACACAGAGUAAGACAUGUCAAAGUUAUUCCAAAACGGAGACAUCAUGCUAGGAGACACAAGUGUCAUGCUCAUGGCAAACCCUUGUCUGACGAAAGUAAUAACCAACAAAAUGAUACAUCAGGGUCUCAUUGUACUGGAAGACAUAAGACGAAACAUCAUCCGAAAUGCCAUAGAAAAUGCGAUGGAAUUAACUGUUAUAAAUAUAAAGAUUUAAAUGACAGAGAUCCCAAAGAUGACAAGUCAAGUGAUGAAAAUACUUCUAAUGAUCGAAACAAUAAAGAUAAUGAUAGCAAUGAUAAUAAUUCUGUAAAAGAAGAGACUAGCGAAGAAUCAAAUGAAUCUCCGGGAAAUAGUAAAAGUGAUGACCAUGAUGACUCUAAAGAUAAAGAUACUGAGAGUCAAGAUAGCGAGUAUAACGAAAGUUCACCUAAGCAUAUUCACAAACGCAGUGCCGAAAAGAAAUGUAAGAGAAGACAUCACAAAAAACCUAAAGAUGAUUCUUCAAGUUCUAGUAGUCAUACUAGUGAAAGUAGCGAAUCGAAUAGCUCUGACGAACCCAACAACACUAGUGAAUAUGACAAGAGUAAUGAGUCCAAUAGUAAUUCGAGUGAAAAUAGUGAAAAUGACUCUAAUGGUAAGGAUAAAUCGGACAGCAAAGAUAGAUCUGAUAACAAAAGUAAAUCCAAUAGUUCAGAUGAGAACGAUAGCACAAGCAAACCUGCCAGCACUGAUGAAAAUGACAGCAGUAAUGAAGCCAAGAAUACUAGUGAAAGUGAUAGCUCCAGUGGAUCCAGUGACUCCAGUAGCACUGAUGAGAGUGGUAACUCCAGUGAACCCAGUGAAUCAAACAGUACUGGUGAGAGUGGUAACUCCAGUGGACCCAGUGAAUCAGACAGUACUGGUGAGAGUGGUAACUCCAGUGGACCCAGUGAAUCAAACAGUACUGGUGAGAGUGGUAACUCCAGUGGACCCAGUGAAUCAAACAGUACUGGUGAGAGUGGUAACUCCAGUGGACCCAGUGAAUCAAACAGUACUGGUGAGAGUGGUAACUCCAGUGGAUCCAGUGAAUCAAACAGUACUGGUGAGAGUGGUAACUCCAGUGAACCCAGUGAAUCAAACAGUACUGGUGAGAGUGGUAACUCCAGUGGACCCAGUGAAUCAAACAGUACUGGUGAGAGUGGUAACUCCAGUGAACCCAGUGAAUCAAACAGUACUGGUGAGAGUGGUAACUCCAGUGGACCCAGUGAAUCAAACAGUACUGGUGAGAGUGGUAACUCCAGUGGACCCAGUGAAUCAAACAGUACUGGUGAGAGUGGUAACUCCAGUGAACCCAGUGAAUCAAACAGUACUGGUGAGAGUGGUAACUCCAGUGGACCCAGUGAAUCAAACAGUACUGGUGAGAGUGGUAACUCCAGUGGACCCAGUGAAUCAAACAGUACUGGUGAGAGUGGUAACUCCAGUGAACCCAGUGAAUCAAACAGUACUGGUGAGAGUGGUAACUCCAGUGGACCCAGUGAAUCAAACAGUACUGGUGAGAGUGGUGACUCCAGUGGACCCAGUGAAUCAAACAGUACUGGUGAGAGUGGUAACUCCAGUGGACCCAGUGAAUCAGACAGUACUGGUGAGAGUGGUAACUCCAGUGAAUCAAACAGUACUGGUGAGAGUAGUAACUCCAGUGAAUCCAGUGAAUCAAACAGUACUGGUGAGAGUAGUAACUCCAGUGAAUCCAGUGACUCUGGUAGUGCAGAUGAGAGUGGUAACUCCAGUGAACCCAGUGAAUCAGACAGUACUGGUGAGAGUGGUAACUCCAGUGAACCCAGUGAAUCAAACAGUACUGGUGAGAGUGGUAACUCCAGUGGACCCAGUGAAUCAAACAGUACUGGUGAGAGUGGUAACUCCAGUGAACCCCGUGACUCCGGUAGUGCAGAUGAGAGUGGUAACUCCAGUGGACCCAGUGAAUCAGAAAGUACUGGUGAGAGUGGUAACUCCAGUGAACCCAGUGAAUCAGACAGUACUGAUGAGAGUGGUAACUCCAGUGGACCCAGUGAAUCAAACAGUACUGGUGAGAGUGGUAACUCCAGUGGACCCAGUGAAUCAAACAGUACUGGUGAGAGUGGUAACUCCAGUGAACCCAGUGAAUCAGACAGUACUGGUGAGAGUGGUGACUCCAGUGGACCCAGUGAAUCAAACAGUACUGGUGAGAGUGGUAACUCCAGUGGACCCAGUGAAUCAAACAGUACUGGUGAGAGUGGUAACUCCAGUGAACCCAGUGAAUCAGACAGUACUGGUGAGAGUGGUGACUCCAGUGAACCCAGUGAAUCAGACAGUACUGGUGAGAGUGGUAACUCCAGUGAACCCCGUGACUCCGGUAGUGCAGAUGAGAGUGGUAACUCCAGUGGACCCAGUGAAUCAAACAGUACUGGUGAGAGUGGUAACUCCAGUGAACCCAGUGAAUCAGACAGUACUGGUGAGAGUGGUGACUCCAGUGAACCCAGUGAAUCAGACAGUACUGGUGAGAGUGGUAACUCCAGUGAACCCCGUGACUCCGGUAGUGCAGAUGAGAGUGGUAACUCCAGUGGACCCAGUGAAUCAAACAGUACUGGUGAGAGUGGUAACUCCAGUGAACCCAGUGAAUCAGACAGUACUGGUGAGAGUGGUAACUCCAGUGAACCCAGUGAAUCAGACAGUACUGGUGAGAGUGGUAACUCCAGUGAACCCAGUGAAUCAAACAGUACUGGUGAGAGUGGUAACUCCAGUGAACCCAGUGAAUCAGACAGUACUGGUGAGAGUGGUAACUCCAGUGAACCCCGUGACUCCGGUAGUGCAGAUGAGAGUGGUAACUCCAGUGGACCCAGUGAAUCAAACAGUACUGGUGAGAGUGGUAACUCCAGUGGACCCAGUGAAUCAGACAGUACUGGUGAGAGUGGUAACUCCAGUGGACCCAGUGAAUCAAACAGUACUGGUGAGAGUGGUAACUCCAGUGAACCCAGUGAAUCAGACAGUACUGGUGAGAGUGGUAACUCCAGUGAACCCAGUGAAUCAAACAGUACUGGUGAGAGUGGUAACUCCAGUGAACCCAGUGAAUCAGACAGUACUGACAGUACUGGUGAGAGUGGUAACUCCAGUGAACCCCGUGACUCCGGUAGUGCAGAUGAGAGUGGUAACUCCAGUGGACCCAGUGAAUCAAACAGUACUGGUGAGAGUGGUAACACCAGUGGACCUAGUGAAUCAAACAGUACUGGUGAGAGUGGUAACACCAGUGAACCCAGUGAAUCAGACAGUACUGGUGAGAGUGGUGACUCCAGUGAACCCAGUGAAUCAACCAGUACUGGUGAGAGUGGUAACUCCAGUGGACCCAGUGAAUCAAACAGUACUGGUGAGAGUGGUAACACCAGUGAACCCAGUGAAUCAGACAGUACUGGUGAGAGUGGUGACUCCAGUGAACCCAGUGAAUCAACCAGUACUGGUGAGAGUGGUAACUCCAGUGAACCCAGUGAAUCAGACAGUACUGGUGAGAGUGGUAACUCCAGUGGACCCAGUGAAUCAAACAGUACUGGUGAGAGUGGUAACACCAGUGAACCCAGUGAAUCAGACAGUACUGGUGAGAGUGGUAACUCCAGUGGACCCAGUGAAUCAGACAGUACUGGUGAGAGUGGUGACUCCAGUGAACCCAGUGAAUCAACCAGUACUGGUGAGAGUGGUAACUCCAGUGAACCCAGUGAAUCAGACAGUACUGGUGAGAGUGGUAACUCCAGUGGACCCAGUGACACCAGUAGUUCAGAUGAGAGUGGCAACUCCAGCGGACCCAGUAAAUCUGAUAGCACUGAUGAAUCCAACAAUACUAGUGAAAAUAGCGACAAUGAUGAAUCUAGCAAUAGUAGCAAUACUAAUGAAAAUAGCAGUGAUGAAUCUAACAGUACAGGUGAAUACAACGGUACUGACGAAACUGACAGCAGUGAUGAAUCUAGUGAAAGCAACGAUUACAGUGUAAGUGACGAAACCAGUGAUAGCGAUGCAUCUAGUAAGAGUUACGAUACUAGUGAAAGUUCCGAUUCUAGCGAUAGUAACGGAAACAGCGAUAGUGAUAGCAGAAGCGAAAGUUUCGAGUCAAACGAAAGCUACGAUUCAAGCGAAAGUAACGAUUUCAGCGAAAGUGACGAAUCCAGUGAAAGCUAUGAAACAAGCGAAAGCGAUUCAUCUAGUGCAAGCGAUUCGUCUAGUGACAGCGAUUCAUCCAGUGAUAGCGAUUCAUCCAGUGAUAGCGAUUCAUCCAGUGAUAGCGAUUCAUCCAGUGAUAGCGAUUCAUCCAGUGAUAGCGAUUCAUCAAGCGAUAGUGAAAGUGACUCAACUGAUGAAGAUUCCUCCAAUGAUGAUGAUAAUGGAGUAAGAAAAAGAUGUAACAGUAGAUGCGCAGUAUGUGGCAAAAGAGGUCACACAAUCAUUGAUACCAACAAUAAUACCAAAGAGGAUUCAGAUCAAAAUUCCUCAAAUGAUUCCACGGACAAUAAACGCCUUAGAGGUAAUGGGAAGAAAUGUCAUAGAAAUCACCGCAGGGUAAAUUCUAAUAGCACGGCUGAAAGUAGUGACUCAUCUGACACAAGCAAAUCUUCUUCUGAAAGCGGAGAUGCUAACAGCCAUAUCAGAAAACCACGUGGAAAUAGAGUUAAAACUCAUAAAUCAAAAAUUCAUAAAAGAUCUACUGAAUAUAAAGGACACAAAAAGACUUCACGCGAUUCGAAUGAAAGCGACAAUGAUAAGGACAUUAAAAAGAAUGAUAAAGAAAAUAAAAACCAAGGUAAUGAAGGUAAAACACGUGCUUGCAAGAAAGGAAAAGAUAAAACUGAAGACAGCAACAAAAACAAAGAUACAAACGCUAAAAGAGAAUAUAAGAAAAAGAUAACAGUUUCACGCACAAUUACGCGCAGGAAACGUUCAAUGCAUACUUCAAAUAAAACACAUAAAACUAAGAAAAGGAUAAUAAGAAGAUCACACGGUAACGAAAUCGUUGAAAGCCAAGAAUUUGAGACCCAUACCAUAGCCGCUAAGAAAUCUGAAUCAAGUACAAUCGACAAAGAUGUAGGUGGAAAACACUAUAGCCAAGUUCGCGAAAAUACAGAAGAACAAAAACAAGAAGGAAAGAGUUACCACGAUUCCAAAACAGAACGCGAUUCCAAAGGUGCAGUCAAAAAAGAAACUGUAGAUGAAAAACAAGAACAUGGACAGUAUAAAGCCGAAAGAUACGAAAAAGACUCGGUAAAGAGUGACACGGAAAAUAUUGAGAAUGAAAGAAGAGAUAAACAGGAGAGCGAAUAUGACUUGUACUAUAAGAAUAAAAAGACUUACCACUCUCGUAAACAUGGCGAUUCUGAUGAAGAUAGGAGUUAA